AUGGAUCCGCGCCUUUAUGCCAGCGGGACAGAUCUUGAUGCUGUCGAGAACGGGAAGAAGACUUCGGCGAAGAAGAGGUCGCUACCAGCAAGAAGAAAGAUAAGCGGGCAUAGGCUGCUUUUGACGUUGGUCUGGCGUAGCCAGUUGGCUAGUUGGUUUCUUAAGUCUGUUUACUCCGGAUCGAUCUCACGAGAAGAGCUCCCGACCUCCCAUACCUCAGGUGAUGCACUUAUGGAUCACUUGUACGGAACAGAAUACGCCUCUUGCUCCUCCUAA